GAUUGCCUUUGGGUACUUUGAAUAUUACAACCUUCCGGAAUGCGACUGGUUCCGCCAGAUCUUUCGCUAUAUCAAGACGUUUGGUAUCGAUGUGGAGGGUUUCCUUGAUGCAGUGGCGUCUGAAACUAGUUUGCAACUCGUACUAUGUUAAUUUCGAGGUCAUGGGUAUGGUUACAAAGGUGGAUUCUCCUCUCGCCGUGAAGGCCAGAUGGGCCGAGCCUGGCGACCAAGCCAGUCGACAAAAUGGGAUGUCUUGAUUCGAACCAUGCGAAACUGCAUGAUCGACGGCUUCUCGGAUUGUCCUGUCUAUGAACAACUUCAAUACUCCGGCGGCAGUCGCGCAGUCGGAUUGUUCCAUUACCUUCUCUCCAGAGACGAUGGAUUGAUGCGACAAGUGAUGAUCAAUUUUGCUGCUUCAGCCACCUUCGAGGGUCUCACACAGUCCCGUUUCCAGUCGCAUGUCCCGCAGCUCAUUACCGGCUUCUCGCUUUAUUGGGCCCUCCAGGUGUGCGAUCACGAUCUCUACUUUGGCGGCACCCAAUUUGCGCGCUCAUUCCUCCCCCGGAUUGACGGGGUACUGGACUUCUUCGAUUCGCACAUUGACAGGUUGGGUCUGGUCAGCGGUCUCCCCGACGAUGUGUGGCAAUAUGUUGACUGUGUGACCACCUGGGGUGCGACGGAGGAGUACCCGGACAAAGGGAUGCCCAGCUCCGGUCGCAUAUCUAACCGGCAUACAUAUUGCAGCAUGCUCUACGCGUAUGUCCUGCAACAGGUUGCGCGGCUGGUGCAUAACAUUGGGCGACCGGGUUAUGCGACCGAGUAUGAAACACGAGCGCUAGCUUUGCAACAGGCCAUUCGAGCGCACUGUUACGGUGGACGCUUCUUCACCGAUUCGACCGCCGAUAUCGCAGACGACUUAUCCUACUCGCAGCACUGCCAGGCCUUCGCAAUUAUAUCCUGGACAGCGCGACCGGACGAUCGGGCUCGUCUGCUCACUGAAUCGUUCACGGACCCACACUUCUCGAAAUGCUCGUGCAUGAUGCAGUUCUGCGCCCUCCGGGCAUUGCGGCUUGCGGGCGACGAGGUGUAUGAGAGCUUCUGGCCUCGUCUGUUGGACUCGUGGCGCAAGAUGUUAGCCAACAAUCUGACCACCUGGGAAGAGGUUGAUGUUUGACAGCGGUCCGACUGCCAUGCGUGGUCCAGUGUGCCGUGCCCAUCUAUGAAUAUUGCACCGAAUUGGCCGGCAUUCGACCUAUCGCGCCGGGAUCGACCAAGGUCCUCUUCAAGCCGCGGCUGGGACUCAGUCAGGAGGUGCAGGCCACCAUUGCAGCGGGCAAGGACAACAUUGCGAUCAUAUCGUGGGCCACGG